CUUUCAUUUCUCCCUCUCAAGAUAUUCGAGAGCGAGGCUUCCUUCCUCCAACGAGGCACAAGACAUACCGCGCAAGCACCUGAGCCGUACAGGCCACACCGUAAUCAUGGGGCCGGCACGUACUGGCCUUUUGAUCCUGGGCAUAUUCGUCACCUGUGGCUCUGCGCAGAAUUUCAACUUCGGAAAUGAACUCCAGCUGGGGCACCGAGGCCGCGUGUGCCGUGAACUCUACGAACUAGGACUGGCAGGCGUUCAUCCUAUUCACCUUGGCGCCGUGACUGGAGGCCGGAAGCUUCAGCGCAGUGGAGUGGAGUCGUCCCGCGUCUGGGCCUGGCUGGGAAAUCAUGGAGGCCGCGGCUUGUGGGGCGGCACCUUGGGCUCUCAUCUUUGGCUUAGCCCAGCGCAUGUCAGGCACGGUGGCCGCUGGGGCGUCCUCAGGACUGGUGUUUGGGUCAUGCACGGAGGCCGUAGACUGUGGAUCGCGCUGCCAAUGUAUGGAUUUGGACACCCCAUCGGCUUCUCUUCGGCAGUCCGCAUCGACAGACGAGCGACGAGUGGCCUAAGGACCGGAAUGCCGCAGGGCCGCGCCGGUCUCAUUGGUGGCUUCGAAUCUAUGGGAUCGAACGUCGAUUCUGGUCAAGAUGGUCAAUGGGGUUUCAGAGGCCGUAGCAGGAGAGGCAGAAGAGGUAGAACAGGACGAAGAGGCCCAUGGAGCCAGCAACAAGGAGGCAUGGACGGUGAUCAGGGGUGGCUCCCUUGGGGGCAACAGAACCAGCGUGGCGGCGGGCAAUGGGGUCGCACAAGCCAAGAUGGUAGUGAAUUAGGUGGAUCAGGUGGCUGGGGAGCUCAAGGGCUCGGUGAAAGCAUUGGCGGUGAGUCUUUAAAUGUGGGUCAGGGCAGUUCUUUGAGCUUAGGAGAACAAGGACUUGGUGGGGGGGUCGGUCAAGGGUUGAGAAACUCAGAAAAUUUAGAGCUCGGCAUCAGCAGUCAAGGACAACAGGGUCCACAGGGAAGCGAUUCGAGCUUAGGAAGACGAGCUAGCUCCUCUGGCAGUGCACGAGGAAGUGGUGGUGAAGGUGGAUUGGGCUUUAGUACUGGGUCAAUGGGACAAGGAAGCUCAUGGGGCCUAAGGCAAGGGCAUAAUAUUGGCUUAAGCGGCAGUGUUGGAGGAAGUGGUUCUUGGGGUUCAGAAGAUGGAGGUAGUGCCUUUGGAUGGCUCGGAGGAUCCGGCUCUUGGGGGAUGCGAGGCUUACCGCAAGGCGGUAGCAGUCGCUUCGGGAAUUCGCUAGGAGGAGGAGACUCUUUUGGAGGGGGAAGCCUAUUGGGAGGUGGUUCUGCUGGCUUCGGGAGAGGAUUUGAAGGUUACAGCUCGUUAGGGGGAGGAGGCUUAUUAGAAGGUGGUUCUGGGGGCUUCGGGAAUUUGCGAGAAGGAGGAGGUUCUUUUGGAGUGGUAGGCCUGCAGCAAGGCGGUUCUGGUAACUUCGGGAGUGGACUCGGAAGUGGCCGCUCAUGGGGGGGAAGAGCUUUAUUAGGAGGUGAACAGGGUGGACAAUCAGGCGGCGGUAUGUUGAGGCGCGGGUUCCAGCUUGGAGGAAGUUUCGGUUCUGGGGGCUCGAGGAGGAGUCAGAGCGGAGGCUUGUCUAGUUCGUUCGAAGGAGACUCUCUUGGCCUCACAGGCAUAUCUGAAGACGAAACAGGUGGUAGUAGUGGCGCUCUUAGCGGCCUUGGCGGCUCUAGCGGAGAGCAGUUAGAAGGUGGCGCAGGUUACGGUGGCCAGUUUUCAGGAAUGAGGCGUUCCGGGGGUUUAGGGGGUGGAUCAGGGUAUGGUAGCAGUGAACAAGGAGGAGAAGGCGGCCCCUUCAGUUUCAGAGCAAUAAGGUAUAUUCUUCCUCGGCUUGGCCGCCCAUUCCGGCGCUGGUUUUCUUGGAGGAGCUCCCCUACUCAAGACGAAGGUGGCUUUAGUGAUGAAAACAUGGGCGGAUCUUCGGGCUUCUUGGGAGGGUCAGGAGGGGGGCUCUUUGGGGGAUUCGACAGCUCAUCGAGCAUUGGUGGCUCGAGCGGGUCUUCUCAGCGGAAGAUAGCAUUUUAGCUCCCAGACUUACAUCUGUGUCUCAAGGAACAGAUGCUAUAUUAGCAAGUGAGCGGCACGUCAACCUGGGUAAUAAAGUCAUUCUCUCUUUCUGUUUCAGUUCCUGCUUAAAAUUCAAUAAAUGAUAUGCUGACACCGGCA